GUCAUAUAUUUUUAGAUUGGCUUGACAGGACUAAACACCUAUAUUUUGUUGUGUAUUUCUGCUUGCUACACAGUACUCUCUAUAUGCCAUGAACAACACUGUGCACAUUCUUAUGUGGACUAACUACACCUCGGUUUAUAAAGGAAUGUGAAAACGAAAGUAGAAGUUCCAUUGCGUUUCUUCUUGUAAACAAGGGGUAUCCUAUGUAAACAAGAGGUAUACACCUGUAAAAGAUUCAUUAAAAUUAUGUGGCUGUGGAAUUUCUUCACUUUCUUUGCUUUUCAUCUUUAUGUAUUCGGUGAAGACAGUAUCGCGUUGCCUCCUCAAAUAACAGAAAUGGCCAUUGUCGCCAAGACUUUUGCACGUUUUAGCGAAGUGACUGUCACAACAGUGGUAAAAAACACUAACAACAAGAGUCAUGAGGUGAUGUUUGCCGUUCAGGUUCCCAUGUCGGGUUUUAUUUCUGGAUUUCAAAUGACAACAAACAACAAAACCUUGCGAGGUCUUGUGCAAGAGAAGUCUGUAGCAGACAAAUCCUAUGACCAGGCCAAAACAUCUGGCACUUCUGCUGGUAAAAUCAGUCAGACUCCAUCUAUUCCUGGCCGAGAAAUGGAGAAUUUUGCCGUCUACAUAAAUGUAGCAGCAAAUUCCACCGCUAUGUUUCAGCUUACUUAUCAAGAAGUAAUAAAGAGGAAACUUGGACAAUUUCAGCAAAAAAUCCACGUGGAACCGAUGCAGAUUGUUCCCAAUUUGUCGCUUUCUUAUACAGUCGAGGAACCAGAAGGGAUUCGGGCCUUAACUUACAUCCUUCCAAAUCAAACACAGCAAAGAGACAGCUCCUCGUCUGCAGUCGACAUAAGAGCCACGCCAAAGAAGAGGGAGAUAGAGUUCCGACCCACUAUAGAACAACAGCGAACAUUUAACAAGGGGAAGGGGAUCAUGGGAGACUUCGUUAUAUCGUAUGAUGUCAAUCAUCAAGAUGAUGGUGGUAUUGUUUUGGUUCAUAAUGGUUAUUUUGUUCAUUAUUUCUCACCAAGUGGGCUUGAAACGUUGCCCAAGAAUAUUAUCUUUGUCAUUGAUAUUAGUGGCUCAAUGGGUGGAUUCAAAAUAGCAAAAGUCGGCGAAGUGAUGCAUAUUAUUUUAGGAAAACUUCGAAAGAAAGACUACUUUAACAUUUUGUUGUUCGACGACAGAAUAACGUUGUGGCAAAGUAAACCACAAAAAGCAACAGCCUCAAAUAUUGAAGUAGCGCGAGGGUACGCUAAGGAGACUCUUGUUGCCAGGGGCAGUACGAAUAUUAACUCAGCUUUACUUGACGCUGUUGAUCUUUUGUUGAAUUUACAAGAUACCCAAGAUAGUAGAGGGAAGAUAAUCGUGUUUUUAACCGACGGUCACCCGACUGCAGGAGAAACUAAUCCCAAAAAUAUCCAACUAAACGUAAAGAGAAAGAACGAAGGUUUGGCGUCCAUUUUUGCCUUAGGAUUCGGUCAUAAUGUUGAUAUGUCUUUUCUAGAGGGGUUAGCGUAUGAAAAUGGGGGAUUUGCUCGAAAGAUCUAUGAAGAACGUGACGCAGCUGAACAGCUGGAGACUUUUUACGAGGAGAUCUCAACUCCCCUACUAGUGGAUGUCCAAAUGGAAUAUACACCCACAGUAGUUCUGGACGGUGACGUCACAGAAAGAAAGUUCCCACAAUAUUUUAAUGGCUCUGAGCUUGUCGUGGCAGGAAAACUACGAAAGAACUCACCUGCCGAAUGGCAGGCCAAGGUGAUAGCAGAAGGCGAAAGCGGACAAAGUUCUGGGCGUCUAGAAUUUAUUACUACGCCAAAGAAUCUGCUGAACAUACCGGGGGUUACCACUGACUUUGCCGAGAGAUACUGGGCAUUUUCAAGAAUUAAAGAACUUUUAAAAAUGGAACUAGUGGCUGAAAACGAAAUGCAGAAAAACCAUUAUCACGACCUGGCUUUAAAUUUGUCCUUGUCGUACCAGUUUGUGACACCACUUACAUCAAUGGUAGUGUCCGAGUCCGUGCACGCACGUGAGGAAAGUUUGACAGAAAAGUCUCUAAUGAUGGAUGCUUUUGCUUUAAGUCCCAAUCGGAAGGUCCCUGGAGGUAAAGUGCAUGUUUAUGCACAGAGUGUUGAUUCAUCCGGACAGUUGACUUACCGUUUUGAUGCCACAGUACUUUGUUUGAUUUUUGUCGUGAUUACAAGAAGUUUUGCUCUAAGAUUUGUUUAACUCUGUUUAAUUUUUAAUCCAUUUCGUAUACGAUCAAAAGAGAUGAUGACAAAAACAUAUUCGAUUUUAACAGUUAAAUUCAUCUUUUACUGUGAUAAAAAAAUGGGUUGUUUUCGUUGUCUUACUGUCCUCAUUGUCUGUGUAAUAACUUACUGAUGUAACCUCAAGCCAAAAAAUGGAGAAAUUUGAAUUUUAUUAUUUUAACCUGUACUGCAAUAUCAUAUUUGGUAUAACAUUUUAAUGGGGAUUUUUUUAAGUGAAUAGGAAGUAUUAACAAAUAUACAUUUUGAUAGGGAAACCCAAACACUAACCUGAUACAGUAUGUAUUGUUGACUUACUUUAAAAAGAGAUCCUUUAAAUUUAGAUAAAUACACAUUAUUUGCUGAAUUUAUAGAGACUUUAUAUUGGUUAUCUUUACUGAGGUAUAAAUUCCCUAGAGAUAUAGUUUUAUUUUCUUUAGUACUUCAUAAUACAUGUACAUUACAAUGCAAUCAGUUGUGAGUGGCUGUAAAUUAUUUAAUUCCUUGUAUAUUAUGUAAAUUACCAAUUACUGAUUUUAUAAAACGCUUUGAUUGCUAGGUAUCUUAUAGAUUCUGCUAAUUUUAUUCAUCAUAUUGAACAUUAUUGGCCGAACAUGCCUUCUUCAGAACUCAUGAGAGUCGUAUAUUUAUUUUUUCUAAUUGAAAUAUCCAGAUCAAGGAAGGUAAUGCAAUCCACUUCUCAAAUGUCAAUGUACUAGUAAUAAAAACCAUGACAUGGGAAUCGAGUAUAUCUACAUCUACAUGUAAACUUUAAUGAUGAAUAUAACAUGCACACAAAGUGAAAAUUUGACCUCAAUCUUGAUUGGAUUUUCACUUUGUAUACUUCUUAAUUUUUCUUAUUUUUGAUACAGAAAACAGGUUGAUAUGUAAUUAAGUGGCAAAAUUGUUUGUAUUUUUUAUCGCUUUUUGUUACCAAUAAACCUUCUUACAAGAUGA